AUGGCCCCCGUGGAUGUAGUUGUUAUUGGAGGCUCCUAUGCGGGCCUCCAUAUUGCCCACUCCAUCCUUCGUGAUGUGCCUGACGUUCAGCUUACGCUGAUCAAUCCUUCAACCAGCUUUUACUGGAACAUCGCUGCCCCACGUAUCGUCGCCAAACCCAAGGCCUUCCGCGCGGAGCAGUAUCUGCUCCCGAUCAAGGAAGCCUUCGCAGGUUACCGCCCCGACGCCUUUCGCUUUAUCGCAGGCACCGCAAAUGCUAUCGACACAGCCGCCAAGACUGUCGCCGUGAACUCGAACGGCGGUGCCUCCGCUGCGGUACCAUAUGACUAUCUCGUCAUCGCAUCCGGUAGUACAACCUCAGCCACCUCCGGCUCGCUCACCGGCACCUCGAUCCCUUUCAAGCAGUCGAACGAUGAUGAUAUGGAGGAGCUGAUCAAAGCAGCACAAGGACACAUUGCUGGUGCGAAGCAGAUCGUUAUCGGUGGUGCAGGUCCCAUCGGUGUGGAACUGGCUGGCGAGCUUGCUGAAGCCGUGGAAGCAAGCGGCAACACAGGCAAUGUCUCGAUCACACUGGUGUCAGGCACUGAUCGCGUGCUUCCCAUGCUGAGGUCGUCCGCUAGUUCUGCCGCGCGCAAGUUGCUCGAGCAUAAGAAGAUCAAGAUCAUCACCUCGAAGCGGGUCAUGGGUGUAGAGACCCCCGCUGAUGAUGGAUCGAAUUGGACUGUUUCUCUCGAAGGAGGCGACAAGCUGUCAGCUGAUCUUUAUAUCCCCACCACUGGUGCGGUGCCCAACAACAGCUUCAUCCCGGCUGAGUUCCUUGACAAGGAUGGUUGGGUGACCGUCAACAGUGAGAUGCGUGUGCAGUCUAGUGAUGGUAAAUCACUUCCCAUCUUUGCAGCUGGCGAUAUCACGAACAAUUCCAUGCGUCUCAGUUUCAAGGCCAUGGAGCAGGCUCAUGUGGCGGCAGCCAACCUCAAGGCUGAGAUUAUCGGUACUGGGGCCAUCAAGACCUUUGAUGAAGGUGACAGCAUCAUGAUGGUGGUCCCUGUGGGUGAAGCUAGCGGUACUGGUCAGAUCUUUGGAUUUGUGCCUUUCGGGUUCAUGGUCAAGAUGAUCAAGGGCAAGCACUACUUCAUUGAAAAGGCACCAAACGCACUUGCCGGUAAGGCUUGA